UGAAUAAUCUAUAAAGCCGUAUAGAAUGGAUUGCCGCCAUUACAUUGAUCAAGGCGAGAGAGUUUUGCCCAUAAGAACUCCUCAAAACUCGAAGCUUUUCAAAUAUGGAGAGAGGGAGAGUGGUUGAGCUGGAUAAAGGUUCGGCCAACAGGGCCGAUGUGGUGGUAGAGAUCGUGAGAUUGGAGAAGAAAACGUUUCCAAAGCACGAAUCGCUUGCUCGAACUUUGGAGGAAGAGCUGCGAAAGAAGAACGCCGGUUUGCUAUACGUUGAAGCCGAGGGAGAAGUGGUGGGCUACGCCAUGUAUUCCUGGCCCUCUUCUCUUUCCGCCUCCAUCACCAAGCUUGCAGUGAAGGAAGAUCACAGGAGACAAGGCUAUGGAGAAGCCUUGUUGAGAGCGGCCAUUGAGAAGUGCAGAAGCAGAAAGGUGGAAAGGGUUUCGCUUCACGUCGACCCCACGAGGACUGGGGCUGUUAAUCUGUACAAGAAACUGGGGUUCCAGACAGAUUGUGUGGUGAAAAGCUACUACUCCCAUGAUCGAGAUGCUUACAGAAUGUACCUGGAAUUUGGUGAUGCCAUCUAUUAAACUAAUCAUCAAGCGGAAUUUGUGUCGUAUGGCCGAUCAGGACGUGGAAUCUAAAGAAAUCAAAAGCCAAGAUGUGAAGGGGAGAUGCAGAAAGAAUCAGAAGUGGGAGUUGCAGAGAAGAAAGACACGAAGAAGACUUUAGGAGAGGAAGAAAAUUCUGUAUAUUUGAUAGAGAUACACUUUACAUUAUAUAAAGAGGUUUCUAAUAAUAAAAAAAGGAAACUGAAGAUAUAGUAUAUGUACAUAAGGAAUAUGGAGAAAUUAGUGAUGAUAUAUUCCAGAUUCUGCUCAAUCACCCAACGUUCAUGUGUGUGACGAACCCUCUGAAUGAAGUCAU